UCAGAACUUCAUAAAUUUCUGUGCUACCAAACGGGUUCGAAGUGGAUAUCAAGGGAAGAGUAGAACGAAGCUCAACUAUUUAAAGUAAUAUCAUGUGUGUUCAUGGAUCUUGAACCAUUUUCUUCUAUAAGUCGUUCAACUUGAACGAGUUGCAGAACUUUUGGAACCGGGCAACUACUAGACCAAGCUAUAAUAGAACCGCCAAUCCCAGAUGAAUGGCCUGGGACUAGUUAGCAGUAGAAGUGCUCCCAUGAGACUCUCUCUUACUGCCCUUAUGAGAACUUCUCUUGGUGGAAACUAGGGGACUAUUCUCUUCCUCAUCAGCUGUUACUCUAGGUCUCUCCAGCCCCACCUCACCGCCUUUAAAUACGGGAUGAACGUAAGCGUCUUGGAGAUAUGUUUUCAUGUUCAGCCUCUUGGUACACUCUGCAUCCGUCGAGAACGAGAAAGUGAACAAGCUAGCGAACUUCCUCCCAAAAAAUCCUAAGCGAAUUUCGCAUCUCUUCAUCUUCAAAGCAACGGAUCCCGUAAGAGCCUUUUGAGAAUAACAUGCCUCUCAUCUACUUAUCUAGAUUUUCGAUCUUUGCAUUGUUGCCGUUCUAAUAAUAUAGAGAAAAAACCAGUCAUUUUCAACUCUUCCCCUGCGUAUAUAUGUGCUGAUAAAGUAGAAGGCAAAUCCUAAGAGUUUUUUUCUCCAAAGAAUGCUGAACAGAUUGACUGAUUUACCGCUACAGCGUGCCAUGUACAACAGGAUAAUCUGAGAGGUCUUGAGUUGUAAAAGAUUUGGGAUGUUAUUGGCACUCUUUUACUCACUGGAAAUUCCACGCUUCAUCUGAUCUUAAGUUUUUACAGAUGUAUUAGUUUCUUUACAUGAGGGAUGCAAGUUGUGACAUGUGUUGUCCAUCCACAUAUUAAAGAGCAAAUAUGUGUUCUCCAUCCACCCCAAUGGUAGGUUUUUACAGAUAUAUUAGGGGGUGUUUGGAUCUGAUUCUCAAAACUAAUUCUGCUCCUUCAGGGAGCAGAAGCAGAAGUUGGAGUGUUUGGGUGAAAUUCCAGAAGCACUUCUGGAGCUCUAAUUUACUCUCAGAAUCAGUUUUUUUAGAAGCUGGGGGGUACCAGCUUCUGAAAACUGAUUCUGAUUCUGCUUCUACUUUUAAAAAAGAAGCAGUAGCAGAAUCAGUUCCAAACACCCCCUUAGUUUCUUUACAUGAGGGAUGCAAGCUGUAGGGGUGGACUCGGGUCGGGCCGCCCGGUCCGGCCCGGUUGGCCGGUCCUCGGGCCAGUUCGGGCCUACUGAACCGCUCAAUUUCCGGUGCGGGCUCGGGCCUCCUAAAAGUGGAACCGACCCGGCCAUUCCGGGCCCAGUUCGGGCCUAUUUUUUUCCAUUUUUUUUUGUUUCUACCAGGUUGGGCUGGGUGUUUGGGGGUGGGGUGAUGGGGGGGUCGGGGGUUAAUUACAAAAUCCAAAGAAAAUAAAAAAAAAUAACAUUGAACCCGAACCGGCCCGGCCCGGCCCAAAACCGCUGCCUACCCUGGCCGGUUCCGGUUCUCCCUUCCCAAAGAAAAAGCCCGGCCGGGCAUAGGCCCGAACCGGCCUGUCCCGAGUCCAUCCCUAGCAAGCUGUGACAUGUUGGCAUAUACCCUUUCGUAUUUUGUGUUUUGUAUAACUACUGAAAACCCAAUUCAUUGAUUAUAUUAAUUCAGGUUAGUCUUUGGUGUAGCCACAAGAAUAUGAAUGUAACUUUACUCCUUCCAAUGUCUAUUCUCUCACCUAUCAUAUACAAAAUGUAAAUCGUGUAUACUCAAAUGUAACUCCAGAUAAGUUGAGAUGUAAAACGUAUUAAUUGAAAUGUAACUUGCUAAGGUAAAUCAAAAUAUAAAACAUAUUAAUUGAAAUGUAAUUUGGUGCAAGUUGUAAUGUAAAUUGAGUUAAAGGAAAUGUAACCUUUUUUCUUAAGCAAAAGGAAAUGUAACCUAAAGCAUAUUGAAAUGUAGGGGUGUUCGUCGGUUCGGUUUGGUCGGUUUUCAGUUUGGUCGGUUCGGUUUGGUCGGUUUUUUUUCCGGAAAAGCUGAAACCGUAAACCGAACCGCACUACUUGAGUCGGUUUCGGUUCGGUUUCGGUUCGGUUAAUAUCGGUCGGUUCGGGUCGGUUUCGGUUAGUUUUAGCAUGUUUUUGUAGGUUUUUGUCGGUCGGUUUCGGUUCGGUCGGUUUUUUAACCCCAAAGGUGAAACCGUAAACCGAACCGCAAAUGUUUAAUCGGUUUGAGUCGGUUUCGGUUUGAGUCGGUUUCGGUUUUGGUCGGUUCGGUUUCGGUCGGUUUCGGUUUUUCGGUUUUUUUGUUCAAAAUGUAACUAUUGAAAUGUAAAUUGUGUUUAAGGACAUGUAACUAAAAACCAAUCAAAAUGUAAGAUGUAUAAUACUCCAUAUCAAAUAUAUGUAUACAUUGCAACUAGGGGUGGACUCGGGCCGGGCGGCCCGACCCAGAACCGGCCCGGCCCGGUUACUGUUUGGCCCGGCCCGGGGCCCGGUGGGUCCAGCGGUUCGGUUUGGCCCGGCUCGGGUGAUGGGCAGUCCGGGCUCGGGCCCUGCUUUAGGCGAACCGGCCCGACCGGUUCGGGCCUGGUCUGAGCCGGAUUUUAAUUUAUUUAUUUUUUUGAAUUUUUUUUUAAGUUUUGGGUUGGAUUAGAUAUUUUGG